GGGAGUGUGUGUAUGUGUGUGUGUGUGUGUGUGUGUGUGUGUGUGUGUGUGUGUGUGUGCUGAAUGACUUCAUUGAGAAUACGUAAUAAUUGAUUGGUUGCACACCGUCACCAGUGACAUCACAGCGCUCGUCGGCCAAUCAGGUCGCUGCUCCCCAACAACAAAACUUCCCCGACUCUUUAUGAGCAGGUCACAUCGUCGUCUUCAUCGCCUGAGUCUUCAUCGUCGUCUUCAUCUUCGUCUUCAUCGCCUCUUGAGCCUCUCUGAUGGGCUGACUGCCUCAUGGAGUCUGAUCUUCUGGUCUUGUUUGUUCCUCAGAUUUGGAGAAGGAGAAAUGUCCGAGCGUCAACAUCAUGAGACCAGCGUGGUGCUCAGGGUCUCCAGUCUGCCUCUGGUCAGCUCGGCGAUGCAGUCGGUGACGUCCGUGUACUCCGAGGUCAAAGGUCGCUACCCUCUGCUGCGGCUGGUGGGCGGAGUCGCGGAGGUCGGUGUCAGCGUCGCCAUGACGAGAGCCACGCCCCUUCUUCAAAGUCUGGAGCCGCAGAUUGAAGUCGCCAACAGUUUUGCUCUCGUUGGUCUCGACCGUCUGGAGAAAAACUUCCCGAUCCUGAACCAAUCAACGGAGGAGGUGCUGGGCCACCUGAAGGACGCCGUGCAGCUGACGCUGGACGACGUGCAGCUGUGGGUGGCGGACGGCCUGGACGGCGCCCUGGACCAGCUGGAGCGGCUGUCGGACGGCGCGCUGGGCGCCGCGCGGCUGCUGCAGGACAGCCAGGUGGGCCGGGCGGCGGCGGCGGCGCUGGACGACCUGCUGGGCCGCCUGGAGGAGGCCGCCGCCUCCUACCUGCCCCUCCCCCCCACGCUGCGGCGCGAGUGGGAGAUGAAGGUGCAGCAGUACGAGGAUGAAGACGAGGAGGAGCCCAGUCUGUGGACCCGGGUCCGGAGCCUCCUGCUGAACCUCAGCCUGCAGCUCUACCACCGGCUGAUGAAGAUCAGGGAGCAGCUCCAGAGGACCAUGAGGACCAUGGGGGACGCGGCAGACCAGGUGGGUCUGGGUCGGGUCCUGGAGCUGGUGGGUGAGCUGCUGCGGUACCUGCAGGACCUCCUGGUGGCAUUGGUGUACCGGGCCGAGAGCCUCCGGGAGCUGACCCUCGGCGGGGUCAGAGGUCAGGCCGCCAUGUUGGCCGAGCUCCGCCCCCUCCGUCAGAUCAGAGAGCUGCCGGUUCGGAUCCAGCAGCUGCUGGGAGACCUGCAGGACCUGUCCAAGAUCCUGCUGCAGCUGGUCAUCAACGCCACGCCGCUCUACAACAUGCUCCAGCAGCCGUCCCCUCAGGAGGUGGAGGACUUCCUGAACCAGGAGGACGUAGCGGCCGACAGUUCGUCCCGUCGCAGCUCCGCCAACAACCUCUUCCUGAAGGCGAUGGACGGACGUCCUCGCCGCCGCCGGAGUCUCUACUCCCGCGCCACCCGGGGCCCCCAGAGCCCCGACCCCCCCAACGGCCGCCGCCGCUCCAGCACGAAGGACCUCAUGGCCCCGGAGAUGGAGGACCUUAAGAUCCCGUCCGAAGACGUCGUCGUCCUCCGCCGGCCGUCCGCCACCGAGCUGCUCCUCGCGCCGCUCAAACAGUUCGUCUCUCAGAGCCAGAAGGCCUUCGAGUACCUGAGUCCCAACACCCUGGACCCCACUGAGGAGGACGAGUCCUAAGCGCUUGUCGGUACGCGUUCACCGGCGGAGCGACCAUCAACAUGUUAGCGGUUCAUAAAUCUGCACCUUUUUAUUUUACGUCAACGAAAAGAAACUUUCAGUCUCUCAUUUAAACAAUUUCUCGCGAAUACAUUUUGUUCAUUCCACCACACGACCUUUAAACGUCGACCUUGAGGAGGGAACAGUUGCUUUCAGCCACGUCUCUCGACCUUCAUCCAUCACACGGUCAUGAAGUCCAUGAGACGUGGCUUCAAAACCAGUUAUUUACCCCUCAAGGCCACCGUAGACUCCAGUUUACUGUGCCGAAGACUCCUUCUCUUUGUCCUUCUUCUCCUUCUCCUCCUUCUUCUCCUUC